AUGGGCGUCACUGGCGCAGUGCGAGACAUCGCCUCAGAGGCCUUGGCAUCUGUCGCCGGCCGCGUCAAAGGCGCCAUCGAUCGGAUGGACAACGAGCUGGUGCGGUCCGCGAUCGACUACUAUGAGACGAUGGCCAUGGCCGAGACGGACAGCCGGCCUGUGAAGGGCACCUUGCUAGAGACCGAUCUACAGAUUAUCAGCUGGCUCGGCAUGCCAGUGUACGAUGCAGAUUUCGGGUGGGGGAAGCCAUGGGUGAUGUUGCGGGCGGAGUCCAUCCGUGGUGGAUUUGUGUACCUAAUGAACGACGGGCCAGCAGACGACGCCGGCGUCCGCGUGCUCAUGUGCAUGGAAGCUGCAAACAUGAAGGAGCUGGAGCGGCUGCUUUACGAAAAACUUUAG